GAACUAUUACCGCAUUUUAUUUUCUGUUCAUAAUAUUUCUAGUUAUGAAUGACAUCUAUGUAACUUUUGGUCAUGCGAUGUAUACAGCUUUGUCUAUUAAUUGGCUUGGCCUUUAUCAAUAUCACGGUCAUAGCUGCUGAACUACAUGAACAACUUCAAUACUUUGAGACACUGAAAGUUGUGGAUGUGAAAGUGAGAAAGAAGAGAAGUCUUGACAGCCAAACUUCAUUCACCAAGGAUGUUACUUUCUCUGCAUUUGGACGGGAUUUUAAUCUUAUAUUGACUCCUGGCUCACCUGUAAUAUCUUCAGAUUUAGCAGUCAAACUUGUUUAUCGAGAUGGACGAACGUCUCCAUUAUAUAUCAAUGAAAACAAUUUUUAUACUGGGCACCUGACAGAUGAUGAAACUGUGAGGGUGGAUGCUCAUGAGGAGGAUGGUGUUUGGGGACUGAACAUUUAUGACAAGUAUGAUACCUACACUUUAGAACCAUCAUGGCGGCAUUUACCCCCUUCAGAUAAUCACUCCAUGAUAGUAUAUAGGCACUCAGAUGUAAAAUGGAACAACACAUUUCCUGAGUCAGAUACAAAACAUAGUUUACUAAACUUCUGUGGAGCUGUACAUCCUGAAGAGGAUCCAGAUGUUAAAUUGGAUCAACAGACACCCAAAGAUGAAAGAUAUUCAUUCACCCGUAACAAAAAUGAAGAGGGACAAAGCAGGUCAAAAAGAUCAUCAUGGACUUUGAACACAUGUCACAUCAUUGCUGUAGCAGAUUACACAUUUUUCAUGGGGCCUGGUGGAGGAUUUCCCCAUCAAACAGCUAAUUAUAUUGUUCAGACCAUGCAGAAAGUGAACGCAAUCUUUAAAAAUACUGUUUGGGAUGAAGAUCGACAGAUAAAAGAUUUAGGAUUCCACAUUAAAGAGAUGAGAAUCCAUACUGAAUACACAGAUCCUAGUCAGUAUCACUCCAACAAUAAACAUUAUAAUAUGGACCAGUCUUAUUGGCCUGAUCAGGAGCUACUUGCGCAAUUUGGCCAUGAUAAAUAUUUCACAAAUUUCUGUUUGGCUCACCUUUUCACUCACCGUACCUUUGAUAAAAAUGUUGUAGGUAUGGCCUACAUAGCUUCUUCAAGAAAAUUUACUCCAUGGGGUAUCUGUGCAAAGCUAGGAAGCAAUAACAUAGCCUUCAAUACUGGACUAAGUUCUACAAUGAACACAAUGGGAAAUAAUAUGCUAACUCAAGAAGCAGUGCUAGUUACUGCCCAUGGUAAGCUCUUUCUCAUAUUUGUUUUUUCUUUUUAUCUGAAUUUUUAGAUAAUUCUAAUGUAUUCACAUCACAUAUUGCUAUGAUUCUGAAACUUUUUAAUCAGCUGUCUUUCAGUUUAGUUUUAUUUGUAUCAUAGUGCCCAAGUGCAGAUCACUUAGUCAAGUCAAAAGUUAGGAUUGUUGUUUCUUUUGUAUUCAGUCUUCCAGCACUUUUGCAUAUUUUUUCUUUCUCUCAUAAUAAUU